AUGGGACUCAAGCAUCUUUCCUGGUUGUUGUUUGGCCUUUUGGCCUUACAACCUGGCUUCAUCGCAGCUCUGCCAGCACCCUCUCCGCCUGGAAUCCCAUCUGCUUCAACGGCUCGCACUGAGCUUGCCAGUCUGACAGUGGCGCCUCAAGGGCCCCAGGAUGGGUACUCACGGAGCAAAUUCCCUCACUGGAUCAAGCAGUCUGGAAGUUGCGAUACGCGUGAUGUAGUGCUCAAGCGUGACGGAACCAACGUGGUCCAAAGCACCAGUGGUUGCAGCAUCACCGGAGGCACCUGGAUCUCCCCCUAUGAUGGGGCCACGUGGACUCAGGCGAGCGACGUCGAUAUUGACCACCUGGUCCCCUUGUCUAAUGCCUGGAAGUCGGGUGCUUCUGCGUGGACUACCGCCCAGCGACAGGCCUUUGCUAAUGACCUCGUCAAUCCGCAACUCUUGGCUGUCACAGACAAUGUGAACGAGUCCAAGGGUGACCAGGGCCCCGAGGAUUGGAAACCUCCUUUGAGCUCUUACUAUUGCACCUACGCGGAGAUGUGGGUGAAAGUCAAGUCGGUCUAUAAGUUGACCGUUACCUCUGCCGAAAAGUCGGCGCUCCAGGAGAUGCUUGCGACUUGUUAG